GGUGAAGGGAGAACCUGCUACAGAAGUCCACCAAACAGAAGUGAAGGACAAUCUUCCCACAGAAGUCCACCAAAACAGAGGUCAAGGACAAUCUUCCCACAGAAGUCCACCAAACAGAGGUCAAGGACAAACAUCAUCUACAAAAAAAAGUCCGUCCCGUCAAUGAGACGCCGCUAUGGCGUCACGCCUGUUUAUCAUUAACCAUCGUGUGCGGAAAUAUGUCAUUCUCUUGUCAGUGAUCCUUGUAACUCUCUUGGUGAACAAUAGGUUAAGGGAGUAUGCUGAACGUGUUAAAUAUGUUGACAUAGCACAGGCUCUUGAAACCAAACUGUUUUACAGCAAUAAAAUACAUGACGUUCAUGACCAUACCAGAAACGAAGUAGAUGAAUUCCUUGACUAUUCAACGUCACAGAACUGCACCGUGCGGGACUUACUGCUCAGCGCCGAUCCUUCCUUUAAUACAGUAAAUCAGGAUUUAUUCUGUGACGAAAAGGCAAAAAGCAGUGACGUCAUAUGUAGGUGGUUCUUCGCACAAAUUGGAAUGAGCGACAUCCAUGACGAAAAUGCAUGCAGACGUACCGGAAGUGACUCUAAAGUGCCCAAAAUUGUGUACUACGUCAUCUUCGGACCUUACACUUUUCAGUUCUAUCAUUACGUAAGUGUAGUGAGCGCCAGGCGGUUUAUAAACCCCUCAGCUAUCUACCUGAUAGGAGACGCCCAUCCAAGUGGUGUUUGGUGGACGCAGGUUCUGAGGGACGUCCCGGGGGUGAGGUUCGUCUACAGGGAGAGGCCCCCUGGGAUAAACGGCAAACCAGUCACGUGGAAACACCAUUUGUCUGACUUGGUCAGACUACAGGCUCUGUACGCUAAUGGCGGCAUCUACCUGGACACCGACAUGGUGGUCACUCGACCCCUAGAGCCUCUACUGGACUUCGACAUCACCAUGGGGCUACUCGACAACGGCACGGGAAUGGGCAACGCCAUCAUCCUUGCCAAGAGGGGGUCCAAGUUCGUCAGAGAGUGGUACGAAGGCUACCGGACAUACAACAACAAGGAGUUCUACAAGAACUCGCUCCACGUUCCCCGGGACAUGUGGCACAAGAACCCAAAGAGCAUCCACAUGGAAUCAGAUAGACUGUACCGGCCGAACUGGUUCGAGUCGGACUUGCUGUUUAAGAAGAAUGACUACCCGUGGAGGGAUAACUACGCGAUUCACGUCUGGACAAACCACAACCCACUCCCUAAAGGGUUUUCUGACAUUAACCGUUUAAACACCACCCUUGGGCAGAUAUUCCGCCAUGUUCUAUACGGAAGUACAGAUUAUAGAACUGACGACAGGUGAGGUUACAGCACUGAUGGACCUGUAGUUACUGUUUGACGUAUUUCAGAGACCUGUGUGUCUGAAAGUAUGUGUGGUGGACUCCUACGUUGUAUUCUGCUCAGCAGUGUGAUGUAGUUGAAUGGCGGCACGAAGCCACAGACUGUUCGGCUGUGUUUACUGGGUGGGAUAUAUAGUCUCCAGUAGAGUCAGCCUACCGUUAUAUGGAGCUGGAUGUGCAGGAACAUGAUAUAUGUGCUCGUGAAGGACACUACACUUUAUUUUGUUCUUGAUUUCUCCUCAUAAUGUGUUAAUUCAAAUAUUUGACGAUCUGA